AUGUUUUCUCGUAGUAGUGACAGACCAAAAUAUCCUAAUGUAUACUGUAAAAUACACAACCCGAGUGUGAGUGAGCCAUUUGUCAGUAAUUAUUUGGGACAACAAUCCGUGAUCGUUGAUGCAGAGACUGGUACACGCAGAAGUAGCUUGGUCACCACCAAUAAUAAUUCUUCAGAAGUUAAGACGAUGAUGGAUCUGUUUCAAAGAGGGCUUGAUAUAUCCCGUUUGCAGCCAUGUCUGGGUAAUAGAUAUACCACCAGCGAAGAAUAUUCUUGGAUCACUUAUCAGGAGGUUGACGAAAAGGUUCAAGCAUUUGGAUCGGCACUUGUUGAAGUUAUGAGUGAUUACCCAGAGUCCGAAAAGUUUGUGGGUAUUUACGGUCGAAAUUCUCUACAGUGGUUCGUUACACAGUAUGCAUGUUUCUGCUAUUCAUUUACUGUUGUCCCUCUUUAUGCCACUUUGGGAGAUGAAGCGAUGGAAUAUAUUCUUACUCAAACUGGAUUGAUUACACUAAUGUGUUAUUCAGCAGAUCUCGCUCUCAAAAUUUUACAGAAAUUUACAUCGUCACUCAAAGUCAUUAUUAUUGCUAUUCAAGAUCAACAGUUCGAAGAUCUCAAAGUACAAUAUGGCUCCUCUGUGAAGUUUUAUUCUUUCGACGAAUUCUUGGAUAUGGGAAAAAAAGUUCUGAAAUCGAAAAUUCCUCCUUCGCCGCAGGACCUCUGUCUCAUAUGUUACACCAGUGGCAGUAGUGGUUUACCUAAGGGGGUCAUGAUUACACAUGAAAACCUCGUGGACACUGUUUGUUCUACGAUAGAAUCUACAGAAGGAAAGAUUUACUGCAAGAAUUCUGUGCACUUUUCCUAUCUACCUUUCGCGCAUAUUAUGGAGCAAGUUUCUUCUUCUGCUGCAGUUUUCAGUGGUGCACAAAUUGGAUUCCUUACGGGCCCAAUUACAGGUUUACUAGAUGAUGCUGCAGCUCUGAAACCUACCGUUAUUCCUGUGGUUCCACGUGUACUCUCACGCAUAUACGAAAAGUACAACUUAGCACUCGGGAACUCAUUUAUAAAAAGACAGUUAUUUAACUAUACUUUUAAACGCAAUUUAAAAAUUCUUAAUAGUGGGAAAGUGAACGAUGAAGACAUUCUCGAUUCAUUGUUUUUCAAAAAACUUCGCCAGGCUCUUGGUGGGAGAGUGUGCAUGAUAAUCACAGGUGGGGCAUCAAUUUCACCUGAGCUGUUCACCUUUUUUCGGGUUGCUUUCAAUGGCCUCAUUGUUUCAGGAUAUGGAUCUACUGAAAUUUCUGGAGUAGCUAGUUUAACUGUGUUGGGAGAGUGCCAUACAGGUAUUGUUGGUGCAAUUACAACUAGGUUGGAAGUAAAACUUGCUGAUGUCCCUGAUCUAGGCCUGGUAGCUAUAAGGGAUAAUAGAGGUGAGAUAUGCGUCAAAGGGAAAAGGUGUACUCAGGGUUAUUACAAAGAUCCACAAAGUACUGCUAAUCUUAUAGAUUCUGAUGGUUGGUUGCAUACUGGUGAUAUUGGUGAAUGGACUCCAGAGGGUGCUCUAAAAAUUGUUGAUCGCGUAAAAAGCAUGUUUAAAUUAGCACAAGGAGAGUACAUAGCUCCGGAAAAACUAGAGAUGGUGUAUCAGGACUGCCAGGUGAUUGAUCAAAUUCUCGUUGAUGGAAAACCAGAACAAAAUUUUCCUGUUGCUGUUGUAGUUCCGAAUUUCCCGGUUCUACGCUCCUACAUACAACAUUCGCCCAUGUCUGAGAGUGAUGCAAAUGACAGCGAAUUCCCUAUCCUGGAAACUCUAGAUGCUAAUCAGUUAUCUGAUGCAGAUUUAUGUAAAAACAAACGAAUUAUCCGAUUAGUUUUACAGAAAAUGAAUAAAAUCGCCACAGAAAAACAACUAAAAGGCUUCGAGAAAGUGAAAUCCAUCUACCUAACUGAUCAGAUGUUUACGGUUGAAAAUGGAUUGCUAACACCGACUAUGAAGUUAUCACGACAAAAAGCACGUCAACAUUUCAAAUCUGUCAUCGAGAUGUUAUAUGCAGAAACAGACACCUUGGAUACAAGUUAGUGGAAACGAUAUUAUUAGUAGACUGACG